AUGCUCGGGGCGAUGCUUUGGUGCGACCUGAGUCUGAUGCGACUCAUACGACUGUGGAGCCUUCUGAGCUUGCUUUGGACGGACAGCCUGGCCGAGACCCUUCCGUUGAGAAGAACUGUGCAGUUGAAGGAUUUGCCGAUGCCUCUCCUGAGCCUGGGUUUGGAUGGCACCGAGUCCACGGCAGCGCGCCUUGCAUCCUUCUUCGCCGCAGGAGGCCGCCACAUCAGCGUGAGGAGCAGCAGCCCACACCAUGAGCUGCAGGAAGUGGCGGGGGCCGUUGCGGAGGCAGGGUUGUCGUGGUCGGAGGUCUUCGUGUCCGCGCAGGUCGCGGCCGAGGACCUGGGCUACGAUGGGACGAUCAGGGCAGUGGACCAGAUGAUGGGUUGGCUGGGCAUCGGAGGCCUCAACCUCGCCUUGGUUGGCCCAGGGAGGCCCUCACUGGGCAAGAAGCAGGUGCUUAGCACAGAUCCCGCUUGUGCUGGCAGCGACUUCGGUUGGGAGCUCUGUGUUGCUGGCAGCAUUGCGGCUGUGGAGCACAUGCAGAUCAUGGGCACAGUCGAUGCCUUGGGUGCCUAUGACUGGACCGUGCACUGGCUACAACGCUUCUGGCCACUCCUGCAUGAGCCUCUCGCAGCUGUUCAGCUCACCUUUGACACAUUUGCCAGCAGCCAUCGCGCUGCUGCGAAGUACUGCUUGAUGAGGGGAGUGCAGGUCCUCAUGGGCGGCUUCGUGGAGCAACCAGGAGGUCUCCUGCUCUACAUGUUCUUCGAUGCCCAGACCUACUCGGAGGCAGUUGCGGGGCGGGCCGCGUCCGCAUCCGCCGCGGUUGUUGCAGAUUGGUUGGCGACGAAAAAUGUCGCUGUGGUGCUUCCUGCCAGCAUUGACCCUGGGCAGCUUACCAAUCUCCUUGGUCCCGACGAGCAGCUUUUGGCGUCCCGAUCCCUGCUGGAUGCCUUGGAGUUCCGGUUCUGGCCUGUGCAGACGAGUCCAAUGCUGCAUGAAAUCCUUCCUGAGGGUGCAGCUUGCCAGUUCGAUCUCCACGUGACGGGCUUCCUGGAGUGUGCGCUGGCCAUGAAGGACCUGCGGAAGUCGGAAGCUGUACUCCCUGUGGACCAGGGUCCAAGAGGCUGCUCCGUGUACUUGGGCAACAACUGCAACUCCUUUGCUUGCGCGCAGCCGCAGUUUCGAGAGUCUGGGAUGGUGGCCGGUCAUCCCAGAACUUUGCCAGUCUGCCAGAAAAAUUUUGCCAAUCUCCCGGAUCAGGGCCGAACUUUGUUCUUGUCCAUGUGCAUGGGAUCUGACUACUUCGAAAAGUUUUGCGCGCCAUUCCUUGCUUCGUAUCGUAUGGUGUACGGUGGAGUCGCGCCUGGAUGGCACACGCUGAGAGUGUGGGCAGUGGGCGUGAACGCUUCUCAGCUCCAGCAAGCUAAAGACAUGUUUUCUUCGGCGGGCGUGGAGUUCGAAGAGAGCAGCCUGCAAGCACUGUCUCGGCAGUAUGCAGAGGAGCAUGGACACGGAAGCGGGGUGGAAGGUUAUUUGCAUGAGAACUUGAGCUUACCUGGUGUGGACAGCGCUACCGGCUGCCAUGAGUGCGACCCGUUAAAUCCUCAUAUUUGCCUAUGUGAUCCCGGUGUUCACGAUGAGAAGGUCGUUUUCAACAACAUCUACUUCCUGAGAUGGGUCGGAGCGCAGUUUGAAGCAACACAGAACUCUGGCUUCCAGUACAUGGUGUUCAUCGAUUCGGACAUGCUUUUUCUGCGGCCCUUGGACAAGUUUCUCACGCGGCAGCCAGCUGCCGAAUGGGAAUACGCCUUCACGGUCUAUGACAAACUUCAUGAGGUCCCUUGGGGGAGCAACGAGGAGGUUGCGAAGACUCGAAACGGGCAUGUACGUCUGAACGCCGGCAUUCAGUUCUUCAGAUAUACGUCCAGCGUGGCGCUGUACCUUUCCAACCUCGUGCGGAUCACGCUGGACUUUGUGGAGCAAGGGCAUGUGCAAGUUCCGGGUGGAAACGUGCUGACAUGGUACCUGGAAGAGUUCAAAGGAGUAAGCCAGGCAGCGAUCGCUUGGGUGGUUGGUCUGCACAAUCUGCUCUACGAGGAUUGCGAGAUCUGCUGGCCCAAGGCACCGGUUCUGGAGAUGCUUUCGGAGUACGGGGAACCCUUCAAGCUUAAAGCUCAGGGACUCCCAGCCCGCCUACUCAAUCAAGCAGAAUCGGUUGUGGACGGCGUGCUGACGAAAGACAUGCACAUUGUGCACUUGAAAGGCCUCUGGUGGCGAAUCUUGAUCUUAAACUCAACUGCCCAUCCGAUUGAAACGCGCUGCUUGGCGUGGAAUUCCGAUGCGCACAAGCUGUGGACAUCCCUGUACCUGGCCUGGCGGCCACAGCACGUCAUUGACACCGUGGUCCGGCACGGCGAAGGCUGCCCAAGAACGUCCUGGAUGGAAGUUCCUGAAUCGCAGCUGGGCUCUUUGCUGCCCCCUGAUACCUGA